AUGCAGGAUAGCAAGGAAGAAUCCAUCAGGAGUGAACCCAACAGGGGAGAUGGCCCCACGAGGACCAACAACGAUAGGAAGAAGAAGAGGAAAGAAAAAGAAGAAAAAUGCACAAAUAAAAUUACUAACUUCUUCAAGAUUGUAAAGAGUGGCAAAGUGGCCAAGACCCUCCAGACACCGAACCCCUCCAACUGUGAGAACAACCAACAUGUCGACGAGCACGCAUCGGACAUACAUACCAUCAUAAAUAUAGACUCCCUAGGGAGGAAUUCCCAAGUGAAGGAAAAUAUACACCAGACUUGUGACCAGAAUGUGUUACUCACUCAUGUAGAUGCGCCAGGAGAAGAGGGGACAAGUCAAAUGGAAUAUCCCCCAAGAGAGGAGAGCCCAUUUUAUGCCUCACCAAGAGUAGAAAAUGAACUGUCCAGAAGGAUGGACCAAAUCAAUGUGAACCCGUCUCCUCAGACAUGUGGAAUUUCCAAUGUGAAAUCGAUUUUGUGGAGGGACGUGAGUAGGGUGCCAACCCUUAGCGCGACGUUGAUGAGGAAGGAGGAAGGGGGUGACAUCAAAACUGAUGGUGAAGAGAAGCCGCGUGACGAAAUUCCCCCUGAUUGGAAACCCCCCCAUGGGGAACCCCAAGACGAGGGGAACAAAAGAGAAAGGGGACUCAAAAGGAAAAAAAAUGACUCGGGUGAAUCGGAUGAAUUGGACCAAUCGGUUCAAUCGGAUCAAUCGAACCAAUCGGAUCAAUGGAAUCAAUCGAAUCAAUCGAAUCAAUCGGAUGAAUUGGAUUACUCUGAUGACGAGCAUGACGCGAAUAGCUCACUGGAUAUGAGCGUAACGGAAGAGGAUGGUGCCGGUGGUGUUCCUGGGCAGGAUCAGUCGAAGAGACCCCGCGUAGACCUCUCUUCUAGACCACCCACAGAAGCGAAUGACAUUGAAAAUGUUCACUUAGAACCCAAUAGGAGAGACGACAGAGACAAAAAUGUGCGCUCCUCCAUCCCCCCUGAAGAAGGCGCAAAGGUAGUGAAGGCGAGGAAAAUCUCCCUCGUCAAUUUUUUCGGCAAUGACAUUCAAAUCACUGUGAAUGUGAAUAAGGACAGUGCUUCCGAGGGUGGGUUCAGCAGUGCGGAUAGCGACGGGACCGGGUCUAGCCUCGGCUGCACCAGAAGGUCCAAACUCAGGCGGGGCGCCAAAAGCGGGGCGAGAAGCGGAACAGGUGCAGAUAAUACACUUAAAAGGCGAACUGGUGAAGGUAAACUUAAAGGCGAAACUGGUGGAAGGACACCCAAACGCGGCGCCGGCGGAGACGAAGCAGACACCCUCAGAAAGCUAAACCCAUCGUACAAAAGAAACUCCAUUUCGGACGUAGAAAGAUAUAUCAAAAAUAAUGGUGCAAUCUAUGUGAAGAAAAGAAAAAGGGAAAGGUAUAACCCCGAUAGCUGUGACAGAGGGGAAGGGGGUCAAGCCAAUGAUGAGUUGUCCCAAAACGGACAUGCGAACAACCCCGUAACACCAGGAAACAGAAAUUAUGUAAAGGAAAACAAACGAGUGUUAAAAUCAGAUAAUGAAUUUGAAUUGGAGCGAGCCAAAACGAAGAGGGUAGGGAUCGGGAGAGUCAGUUGUGCAGGGGUAGGUGCGUGCACGAGCAUUGGCAUUGACACAGACGCCCAAGCGCAUGCCGACGCGGGGGAAGGACGCAACAACUCUAGUAGCAGGGCUGGCAGAAAGACGUGCCUGAACGUUGGCUUUGUUACCGGGUUCUGCAGAAAGGCGAGGAAAAGCUGCGCAGUGGGUGUAGGUGGCGGCGAUGCUGAUGGAAAUGAUGAUGACGAUCACUCUCAACAUGACGAAGAUGACCCCUCUGGCGAACCCGACUUCCCCCCCAUCGUGCACCCAGAUGGCGCAUGGGUGAAACACGCAACGAAGGCACAAAAGAGGAACAGAAAAGACGGCGCAAUUGGGAACCAUUUCGAAACGAAUCUAUACCAAAUGAAAAAUAACGUACAGGAAAAAUUAACCUCCAUUAAAAAUAGCUUCAGGCUAAAUGAUAACGUAAGUGAUAUUCUGAAUGAGAAGAAGCGGAUCAAAAUUCUUCGAGUUCUGAAUAAGUACUAUUUUGACAGAGAGUACAAUGACUACGUGGGGGGUCAGCAGGGAAGGGGAAGCCCCCAGAAGGGCGCCAGGCAGAAGGGUGGCACGUCAAAGUGUUCCACCGCGCACUGCUCCUUCGCGAAAGGCGGCGCCCCACGCGAGCUGCUGAGAGACCACUCGAGCAAACCCUUCACCUUCUUCAUCGCGGGGAAGUUCACCCUCUUUAGCAACUUCGCACUGACGAAGAAGCUGAAAGAUGCAGGGUACGGGAUCACGAGCAACUUGCGGAGAAGCAACGCAUUAAUCAUUGGACACGAUUUAAGUGAGGAUUUUGUAAAAAAAAUGGAAAAGUUUAAUGGUCGCAUCUUUGGUGAAGAGGCUAUUCUACACCACCUAAAUGUAGACAUAAAAAAACGCAUUGAUCUUUUUUCCCCGAUAAAUAAAAAUAACGCAAAACGGUACAAGUUUCUAAUUAACCAGACUAAUAUAGAUAGUGCACCGACAGAAUCGAUUGAGAGAAGGGUUCUUCAAUUCUGCAGAGCCAUACGGAGGAACUUGUCUGAAAGUUUAGAGGCUUCUCAUUCUGGGUAUAAAAGUUUGUUUCUUUCUAAUUUGACCAAACGGUUAAGUGACUUUUUUUUGUUUUUGCAUUUGUCCAAGGGGAAGUUCCACUCCGACAUAAACUCCCUGCUGUAUCGGUACAGCAGAAAGCACCACGAGUUGAUGCUCCGGCUGCGCAGUGAUGAGAAGGCUUCAAACCUAGUGCACCCUCUGCGCAGUGAUGAGAAGCCUUCCCAGUCAGUUCCCCCCCUCCGCAACGACGAGGAGACUUCCGAGUUAGUGCUCUUCGUUCGCAACCUCUGCGACGUUUUUUCCGCGUGCUACGUCAGUGACGACUUGUUGAGGUGCGGCCCGGUGGGAGAGUUCAUUUCGGCCAGAGAAAACAGGUCCAAGGAAAAGCCUCUGGACAGUCAAGCCAGCACCCCCCCGAGAGGCAUCCCCCACCCGAUGAUGUAUCCAUCUCAGAGCAGCCAGUCAAAGGAAGACAACCCGGAAGGGGAGAGAAAGGACACUGACAUGGAGAAGAAAAUACGCCCCCCAGGAGGAGAUCACGAUGGGGAUGGCUAUGGAGAUGUCCAUGAAGAUGACCCUGCCGAUGAGUCCUCCCUGGAGUACAUCUCCCCCGAGGCCUACUUCGAGGAGACGGACCAAUCCGGCGAAAUGUUCAACGAGGAAAAGGAACUCAACAAUGACAGUGCGACUUCCUUCGAGAGAAGCAUAACGCAUAACAUGAAGAAGAGUGAGAAGCUGAAAAUCGUGACAAACUUAUGGAGAGUCUUCUUUCGGCCAAACAGUCUCUACGAAAUUGCAGGGCAUAAAAAUGAAGUUUUGAACCUGUACAGAAUUUUGAGGAAGCUCUUUCCAGAAACAGGCGUACAGACACCCUCCUCCAAUGGAAGGUCAACCUCCCCAAAGAGACGUGGCCAAGGAGAAGAUCCAUCAGACAUGCAUCAAGAGAGAACCAAAAUCAUAUUUUUAGUCUACCCCCCCAACUGUGGAGUAAAGAGAUUAGUAGAGCUCAUCUGCUACGCCUGUGAUUUAUGUCCAAUAUACGAGAGCAAAGUGCAGAAGUACAAAAAUAUAAACUAUUUUUUUAAAUACACACAUGGGUUGAAACCGAUAUCUAUAUAUAACGCUAAUAAGUUAGACAAAAAUGCUCUAAACGAAUUGAACGAUCGGAAUGAUAUCAGCAUUUGCAUGUAUGAGGACAAGGAUUACGUGAUGAAUAGCUUAUCCAGUUUCUCCUUCCCUCUGUUGGAUAACAUAAACCAUGUGCUUAUUAAAUUUGGCGUUCCUUCCAGAGAUGCUUUAUUUUACAGAUGCUUCUCUGUCUGUUCUUGUGUUAUAAAAAAUUUGAAUAAAGGACUCUUUAGGAUAUUUUUUGAGACAUGUCGGUUGAAGGAUUUUUCCUACUCUAUCGAAAGCGUCUACAGUAAGAUGCACCUCGUCGCUUCGUAUGUCAAUUAUAUGCAGCGGGGGAGGGAUGCACUCUGUGUUAGCGCCCAGGAGCGAGGAGUGAAGACAGCGGACGAAUCUGUCUUUAACUUCCCCAAUGAUGUGUUGCAGGAGUAUAUAUUGAACCAUCUCAUGAAUCGAUUCUUUAUGAGCAACUAUGACGAGGUGGAGCUCGCGCUGAGCGGCAAGAUAAGCGGCAAGUUAGGAAGCGAAUUAGGAAGCGAAUUAGGAAACGAAUUAGGAAACGAAUUAGGCGACGAAUUAACAAACCAGUUAGACGACGAGUUCGGCGGCGCGGCGAAAUACUUGCGCAGCAAUGGGCCAACGGUUUGCCACACGCGCGACCACACGUACAGGGAUAACAGGACAACUCGCCAGACAAACGCAAAUGUGAUGAAGAGGCUAAACGAAGACUAUUACUUCUUUAGAGGAUUCGACGUGGAGGACAUACGCAGUCUGGUCCACGACUGGUAUGAUAAGAUGCACAUACAGGACGAGAAAUUAAAUUUCGACUUAACAAUAAAAAGGAAUAGCAACUUACUGCAGGAUAGGAGCGAUUAUUUGUAUAUGGACGACGGGGCCAAGCGGGACAGAGAGCGCAUUCUUAUUAAAGUCUUGGAGCUUUUUUUAUACGCCUCCAUUUUGGUCAAGUCAGAUGAUAUUAACAUAAAUUUGAUUUCCGUCGAUAUGGCCGUGUACUGGAGGAAAUACCUCUUCAUGAGUCCUUCCUUCCGGCUGGCGUGGCGCGGCAGGGGAGGUGGCACAGAAGGGGGCAGAAAAAGUGUCACAGAAGACGCCAUAGAAUGCGGCAUAGAAAGCAGCAUAGACAGCGGCAUAGACAGCGGCAUAGAAAGCGGCAGUAGGGGAGACAUACGAGACGGCCUAGAAGGUGGCAUUGGGGACGGAAGACGAGGCAAUCGAGGGGGCGGGAAAAACCUGGCGGCACGGCAAAAGGGCGAAGAAUGCGUCGCCCCCCUAACAAGACGAAGCAACAACAACUUCAUCAACGAGACGAAGGUGAAAGACCACUUGAAGGGGAAGAUGGACAAGUGCAACAAAAUAUUCUGCGAGAAGGUGAAGAAGUAUCGGAGCCUGAUGGCGCACUUCGGAUGCCCCUUCAACUUCUCCUCCGCCGGCAUCGUGUACGACUUUCUUCAGAACAGCAAGGUGGCGAAUUUGUCUCCCCGCAGGCGUGGUGACGCGGGGCGGUGA